AUCCAUCUCACUUUUCCAUUCUCCCUCUCUCUCUUCCACUUUCUUUACUUUUCUAUAGCAUGUCAUCUACCAACCUCACCAAACAGUCUGUCCGUACAGAUGCUCAAUGUACUGCCCUCGAGGAACUUCACCAGCAAUUCAGACUGCCAACUGCAGAACUCAAGAAGGUGUCAAGUCAUCUGGUAGAAGAAAUGCGUGAAGGCCUCAAAACACACAAUGCAACCGUCCCAAUGUUGCCUUCAUUCAUCAAGCAUCAUCCAACUGGCCAAGAACAGGGCGAAUAUCUUGCUCUUGAACUUAGUGGUUCUUAUGCCCGUACAUUCCUUGUCCACCUCCAUGGUAAAGGAAGAAUCACAACCCGUCAGCAGAAAUAUCGUAUCACAGAAAACCUAAAAAGGGGAUCAAUCACAGCCCUUAUCGAUUUUCUGGCUCGCUGUGUUGACUCGUUCCUGCUUUUUGUUGGGAAGCAAAGCGUUGAGGCAGCACCACUCGCUCUGGGUUUCAGUAUCUCAUUCCCCCUGAACCAGACCGCUAUCAACCAUGCAUCUGUAAGAAGAUGGACAAAGGACUUUGAAAUCACUGGUGCAGACAAUCAGAACUUGUCCGCUCUUUUGCAAAACAGUCUCAAUAAACUCAAAGCACCUGUGGUGGUCAAGGCUGUGCUGAAUGGAACCGCCGGAUGUCUCUUGGCUCACAAUUACCGCAGCCUGGAUACUCUUCUUGCUUGCACUGUCAGUACGGGUACCAAUGCAGCCUAUUGGGAAAAGGCUGUCAAGGUAGUCAAGUACGACAUCAAGGGUGCCAAAGAAGAUGAUGAGGUGAUUAUGGACACAGAGUGGGGAUCCUUUGGCGAUGACAACCCCAAUUACCUGCCCCGCACCUUUUAUGACAACACAGUCAACCGUGAAUCUAUCAAUCCUGGUGUCCAUCUGUUUGAGAAAAUGAUUUCUGGACUUUACCUCGGAGAAAUCGUGCGCUGUAUCAUGGUUGAUUUUUUGGACCGUCGUUUGAUUUUUGACGGACAGUACACCAAAGAGUUGAACACGCCAUAUUUCUUUGAGGUGUCCUAUAUGAGCGCCAUUGAGAUGGAUUCUAGCGAAGAUCUCGAGGACACAAAGCACAUUCUUGAGACGAUUCUUAAUAUACCCACCACCACCCUUGUGGAUCGUCAGAUGGUCAAGAGGUUCUGUGGAUUAGUAGGCCAGCGUGCCGCACGUCUGACAGCUGCUGCCAUGAGCGCUGUGAUUGAUAAGAGAAAUGUUUUGGAGACUGGCUUAUCAGUUAGUGUUGAAGGUUCGAUUUAUGAGCAUUACCCAAGUUUCCCAGAAAGAGUCAACACAGGCAUUCGUGAAAUAUACGGUGCAAAUGUUGAUCUUAUUAACAUUGGUGUUACAAGAGAUGGCAAUGGUAUUGGCGCUGCUUUAGCUGCCAUGAUUGCUUGUACAAGAGAUUGAACUCAACUCAAAAUGUGUGCCUGUGUGCCUGUGUGCCUGUGUGCCUGUUAACUUUACUUUAUAAUAAAAUAUAAAUACAUUUAUAUACAUAAGAACAGAA